AUAAUACAAGGCUGUCAUCACAGUAUUCUUUUUUUUUUUUUAUUAUUUUUAGUAAAACCGGUCUUUUCCUUCAUCUUCUCAUCAACUGAACCAACUCAUCAACAGUCCCCCCGCCAAAAAGAAUACACCACCACCACCGUCAAAUCUUAUCCCCUUUACAAAUCCCUUUCAAUCACAAUCUUCUUCUUCGCAUCUUCUUCUUCUUCUUUGUCUCAUUCAUUCGAUGGAGGGACAGGUGCAGUUGCUGCCGAGAAUUCAACCGUUCGCUAAGCAGAAACUGGAGAGAGCUGGGAGAAUGCUUCUGCCGGCGACGGCGUCUUCUGAUCACGGUUCAUCCUGUACCGGAACUGGAUUGGAAUUAACAGGCGGUAACAUUGUUGCCGAAAUGCUUGAAGCUAUCGAUACAGUCACGUCGUUUACGAGUUACCGAAGGACGCACAGGAAAGAUUGUUUGAAUCUUUCCAGGAGGUUGAAGUUGUUGAUUCCUUUUCUCGAAGAGAUUAGAGAUUACAUUCACGUAUCAUCGACGGAAGUCUCGAAUCACGCGAUCCAUCGUUUGAUGAGUUUGAAGAAGGCUCUCGUUUCCGCUAAGAAAUUGUUGAAGAUUUGUAAUCACGGAAGCAAGAUUUAUCUGGCUUUGGAGAGUGAGGCGAUAAUGAGUAGGUUUCAUUCUGCUUAUGACAAGUUGAACGAUGCUUUGGAUAAUUUGCCUUGUGAAGAACUUGGUACCUCAGAAGAAGUCAAAGAACAAGUUGAGCUAAUGCGGGUGCAACUUAAGAGGGCGAAAAGGAGAGCAGAUACGCAGGACAUUGAACUGGCUAUGGAUAUGAUGGUCGUGUUUUCCAAAGGGGAAGAAGACAGGAGUGCUGAUAUGGCUAUAUUAGAAAGGCUAGCAAAGAAGUUGGAAUUACACACAAUACCAGAUCUGAAAAUCGAAACAGCACUUGUUGAUAAGCUUGUCAAUGAUAGAGGUCAUAGUUCAGAAACCAUCAAGAUAAUGCUUGAUGUUCUUUGGAAAUUUAAACAAAUUGCUGGUGUGGAAGUGCCAGAAGAUGUCAUUGUUAACAGUCCUGUCCCAACAUCAAGGUCUCUCCGUAGGUGCCGCUCCUUUCUAUACCCUAAUGAGUUUCUUUGCCCCAUUACAUUGGACUUAAUGACAGAUCCUGUCAUUAUCGCAACUGGACAGACUUACGAAAGAGAAAGCAUAGAAAGGUGGUUGAGUUCAGAUCAAAGAACAUGCCCAAAGACAGGACAAAAGUUAACCCACUUAACAUUAGUCCCAAAUUUCGCUCUCAGAAACCUUAUCCUACAAUGGUGCGAAACCAACAGCAUAGAGCUCCUCAAAAAGUACAAUCUAGAUGGCUCAGACAGCUUUGCCGAACUCACAAAUCUCAUAUCAUCAUCCAUCCAGAAUCUGUCAUCUCAUGAUCUCGACACACAGAUGGAGGCUAUUGCGAAAAUUCGAAUGCUAUCUAAGGAUUCUCCUGAGGGUCGAACAAUGAUAGCGAAUAACGGAGGUAUCCCUCCUCUAGUUCAUCUCUUGUCCAGACAUGAUCCCAGAAUUCAGGAACAUGCUGUAACGGCUCUAUUGAAUUUGUCACUGGAUGAGUCGAACAAAAGGGUUAUAUCUAGAGAAGGUGCAAUUCCUUUCAUGAUUGAUAUAUUACAUAAUGGAACAAACGAAGGGAAGGAGAAUUCAGCGGCUGCUUUAUUUAGCUUAUCGAUGUUGGACGAGAAUAAGGUGUUGAUUGGUAGCAUAAAUGGGAUUCCAGCUCUGGUUAAGCUUCUAAGUAGUGGGACAAUAAGAGGGAAGAAGGAUGCAGCGACGGCUUUGUUUAAUCUGUCGCUGAAUGUAGGCAACAAGUGUAGGGCCAUAAAGGCUGGGAUAGUGUCAGCAUUGGUUGAGUUAAUGGAAGAUAAAGAGUCGGGAAUGAUGAAUGAAUCGCUGUCGAUUCUUUUACUACUUGCCUCGAAUUCAGAAGGGUGUAAAGAAAUGGGGCAGCUUUCGUUUGUGAAGACAAUUGUGUCGGUUAUGAGAGAUGGGACAGAGAAGAAUAAGGAAUGCGCGACGGCUCUUCUGCUGGAGUUGAGUUUGAAGAAUUCGUUCUGCAUUCUGGCUGCGCUUCACCACGGGGUGUAUGAACCUUUGGUGGAGAUUGCGAAAUCUGGAACGAAUCGGGGCAAGAGAAAAGCUAAUUCCUUGUUGCAACAUAUGAGUAAUUGCGAACAAAUACCUUAACAUUGGGUAAGAAAGUUUUGAUUUUUUUUUUAUCUUUUAUGUGCAUAGGUGGUGCAUAAUAAUAAUAAUGUGUAUGAUCUCAUAUCCCAUAAGGGGCUGGCUUGCAGUGUCUUUGUUUACCAUGUUUCCAGUUGAGUCUUACAAAUGUGGUUUUAUGAAAUAUUGAAUGUCUUACACUAAAUUUUCGUUACUCGUGCGAAGUUGUUGAGAA